AUGUUUCCCACACGAGCCCUGCUGGGCCGAUCGGUCUGGAAAGGCCCGAACAUCGUCCCUCUUCCUCUCCCGCGUACCCUUCCCCCGCCGCCAAACACUCCCCCGAUCCGCACGCAGAAGCGCGCCGCUACCAUCCUGCCCAACUUCGUCGGCCUGCGCUUCGCUAUCCACAACGGCAAGACCUAUGUGGAGGUCCAGAUCACCGAGGAGAUGGUCGGCCGCAAACUUGGCGAAUACGUUGCAACCCGCAAGCGCUUCACAUACAAGCAGUCUAAGAAUAAAUAA